UGGUAGCCGUCCAUCGAUCUGACAGCGACGAUUGGUCUCUGGAGCGGGCUGUAGGAGCUGCAUUUUCAUAUUUUUGCUGGUGGUGAUUUGGGACAUACUACCACUUGGGUGACUACGUUCAUGCCAUCCAUCCCUUCUUCCACCCCGUGAUUCACCUGUCAUCUAGCUGCACGUGAUCUACCGUGCUUGGGUUCUAGACUUAGUGGACUGUGUAAGUGCACUGCUGCUAAGCGUUAAGGUUGCAUAUUAGGUUGCGCUUGCUGCGUACAGGCAUUUGUAAGCAAAACCACAUAUUUUUGUACAUAUAUUAACCUUUUAUCCCCAAUAAGCAGCAGGUUUUCCUAUCAUAACACUAGUCAUGCCUAAGGAAAUGGAGGGGGCAGAAGGAGGUCCUAGUGUGUCACAUCUCAUGGAUGAACUUGAAGACUUGCGUUCCUUAUUCCAUCAAACACAGGAAUUUUCCAAAGUCAAAAGUCCGACUUAUCUGUUGGUUCCUAGCCAAAAGAAAUUACAGUCUUUUUCUGGAAAAUCUUCAGAUAUUAAGUUAGAGGACUGGAUUUAUGAUGUCAGUACUGCUGUAAAGGCCCGACCCUUGUCUAAGAAGGCAGAAAUAGAUUUUGCCCUCCAGUAUCUAACUAGUUCAGCUAGAGAGGAGGUCAAAUACCACAAAGUAGGUAGUUUGGAAGCACUAUUUUCUGUCUUGCGAGACACAUUUGGGGAUCAUGGCUCAUCUGUUCGUCUGCAACGGACAUUUUUUGAACGGAAGCAGACACAGGAAGAGUCCUUAACAUCUUUUUCUCACUCCCUUCUUGACCUGUUCACUAAGGCUGCCAGGAAGUGCCCUCAGCUCAUGGAGAAGCGAGAGCAUCUCUUAAAAGACCAGUUUGCAGAGGGGGUCCACGAUGUUCUACUUCGAAAGUACUUGAAAAGUAAGCUUCGUGGUUCACCUGGCAUCGACUUCUUUGCCUUGAGGACGGAAGCCAUCGAGUGGGCUGAGGAGAGUGAGGGGGCUGCCUCUUCUUCCAAUCCUGUGACCAUCAGUAGACAAUCUGCAAAAGAAGAACCGAGUGCCAGAUCAUUACUUGACAUCAUGGUCAAACAACAAGAGCAGAUCGAUCAUCAGCAGAAACAACUGGAUGAAUUGACUACCCUUGUCCAGCAAUUAGCCCAAGCCAAGCCCAAUAACUCCACUGGCAGACAGCAGACGAAGGUAACUUGUACAUUUUGUAGCAAGGCAGGACACACAGCAGAGAGGUGCUUCAAGCGACAACUCAAAGAAGCACAUGGUACGAUAGAAGAGUUGAGGAAAGCAACGAAAUCCCCUCCAAGUCAGGGAAACUAACUCCUCUCUCGGACCAG